CCCGCGCCCGCUCCCAACGGCACCCGGCCCUGCACACGCGGCUGGCUCUACGCGCUGCCCAGCGCCGGCCUCCUGCAAAGCCCGGUCACCCAGGUGCGCCCCCGUCCCUGCUGCCCCGCAGCCCUCCCCGCCCCCAGCCCGCCGAGGCCCUGGGUGUCCUUUCUCCAUCCUACCUGCUGCCUCUGACCCGGGCCCCCCGGCCGUCCUCCUGGGCUUCCUGCUCCGGGGCGGCUGCCGGCCCGACGGUGCCGCAGACGGGCGCGCACCAGCCAGGCCCGCGGAGAGACUCCUCCCAGGGGCCGGGCCGGGGCUAAAUCUGGGCCUGGGGGCUGCCAGGCGCGGGGCGGCCUGGGGCGCAGGAAGAUUGGAGCUGAAGGCGAGGGCGGCCCGCGCCGGUGGGGGAGCAGGGCCAGGAAUUUGCUUCGUGACCACCAGCGUCUUGAGCAGACGGUGGCUUUGGGCUGGCUUUCCAAGGCAAAGUCUCCGCUUGGAGGGACUGACGUGCUCAGCACAGAUUAGGGAAGGUGGGCUUCCCAUCCGUGAGGCGCGCAGAGGCUGGGCUAGAGACCACAUUGCCUGAAGGGAAACCUUGACGGUCUGCGUGAGAAGAGAUGGGGAGGCGGGCGGCAGGUACCCCCAGGCCUUUUUCAUCCUUUUCCACGCUGGGGCUGAGACCUGCCCACCCCUGAGGCAGCCUUUACCCCGCGGCCCCCACCCGCCACCCUGGGAGGAUUGGUCCCAGUGUGGAAACCGGGACGGGGUUGCCACAUGUUCGCAAGGGCUGCCUGGGGCCCUGGAACCCUCCGGGCUUCUCCCUCCACCCUGCUCCCUCCCACCUCCCACCUGCCCUCCUGUUUGGUGCCUGGAUCCAGGAAUGCCCCAUCAGCUUUCACAAAACGUCAGUGGAACCUUGUGUGUGGAGACGGCUGGAAGGUCUGGCUGGAGCAGGUGAGCCACCUCCUGGGCUGGCUGCUGGGCUGUGUCGUCCUGGGAGCAGGCUGUGACCGGUUUGGAUGCCGGGCAGUUUUUGUGGCCUCCCUGGUGCUGACCACAGGCCUGGGGGCCAGUGAGGCCCUGGCUGCCAGCUUCCCUACCCUGCUGGUCCUGCGCCUACUCCAUGGGGGGACAUUGACGGGGGCCCUCCUCGCCCUGUACCUGGCUCGCCUGGAAUUAUGUGACCCUCCUCACCGCCUGGCCUUCUCCGUGGGGGCUGGCCUUUUCUCGGUGGUGGGCACCCUCCUGCUGCCCGGCCUGGCUGCGCUUGUGCAGGACUGGUGUCUUCUGCAGGGGCUGGGCGCCCUGAUGAGUGGACUCUUGCUGCUCUUUUGGGGGUUCCCGGCCCUGUUCCCCGAGUCUCCCUGCUGGCUGCUGGCCACAGGUCAGGUAGCUCGAGCCAGGAAGAUCCUGUGGCGCUUUGCAGAAGCCAGCGGCGUGGACCCCGAGGACAGUUCCUUGGAGGAGAACUCCCUGGCUACAGAGCUGGCCGUGCUGUCUGCAGGGAGCCCCCAGCCCCGGUACCACUCCCCCCUGGGGCUCCUGCGCACCCGAGUCACCUGGAGAAACGGGCUUAUCUUGGGCUUCAGCUCGCUGGUUGGUGGAGGCAUCAGAGCUAGCUUCCGCCGCAGCCUGGCACCUCAGGUGCCGACCUUCUACCUGCUCUACUUCCUGGAGGCCGGCCUGGAGGCGGCAGCCUUGGUCUUCCUGCUCCUGACGGCAGAUCGCUGUGGACGCCGCCCCGUCCUGCUGCUGGGCACCAUGGCCACAGCCCUGGCAUCUCUGCUGCUCCUCGCUGGGGCCCAGUAUCUGCCAGGCUGGACUGUGCUGUCCCUCUCUGUCCUGGGGCUCCUGGCCUCCCAGGCUGUGUCUGCACUCAGCAGCCUCUUUGCGGCCGAGGUCUUCCCCACGGUGAUCAGGGGGGCCGGGCUGGGCCUGGUGCUGGGGGCUGGGUUCCUGGGCCAGGCAGCCAGCCCCCUAGACACCCUGCAUGGCCGGCGGGGCUUCUUCCUGCAAGAAGUCGUCUUCGCCUCCCUUGCUGUCCUCACCCUGCUGUGCGUCCUGCUGCUGCCUGAGAGCCGAAGCCGGGGGCUGCCCCAGUCACUGCAGGACGCCGACCGCCUGCACCGCUCCCUACUCCUGCGGGGCUUCCCCCGCCAGGACCAACGGCCUCUGCUGCUGCCCUCCGACUCCUGUUGCGCCGGCCACACCCCCGAGCAGCACUAGUCCUGCCUGGUGGCCCUGGGAGCCAGGAUGGGACCAAGGUCAAGGCCUGGGGCAUGGCUGAGUACCCCAGAC